CAAAACAAGGCUGUUGAAAAUAUGCCGCGAUGGAAUUUCGCCGAUCCCGACCUUGAUUCUUCAAGUUCUUCUGAUUCCAGUGAUGAUUCUAUUUUACCAACGGACGAGGAUGAUGAGAUAAGUGCAUAUGACUUUUCUUCCGAACAAGAUUUUCUUGAGGCAAUCUCGAGUAUCCCAGACGACCCGAGUACACAUCUUCCACACCAACCAUGCAAGACCAGACUGCGUCCUGGCCGCUUAACAUUUAGGAGCCCCAGUGACUAUGCUUCGGAACAGAGAAAGAUGAUAAUUUUUAAGGAAUUUCAACAGGACCUAAAAGAAUGGAAUAAGCUUGAGCAAAGAGUGCGCAAAAUGGACCCAGAGGCAGUGUAAGUUCUGGAGCAGCUAGGUUACCGAGGGACGGCCAACAUGAAGGCUUUAUUUACCCGGCAAGUGUCCUAUCGGGAUCCGGGCCAAAGCUAAUGCGUGUACUAGUAAGCAGAUGGAACAAAUCGAGAUGACCGUCCCGCGAUAUUUCAUGGAAUUGCUCACAGAAAUACCCAUGGAUUUGCUUAGGGGUGUGCUCAAGAAAUCAGCCUUGCUGUCACCCACGCAGUCACCCACGCAAUCACCUGUACAAUCACCCGUACAACUACCCAUAGACAUGCUCAGUGACGUGUUUUCCGAGUGGCCCAGGGCAUCAUACGGGCUAGUAUGGAAGACAAUAUCGGAUGAGUUGUUAAACGGACUAGAACAAAGACAAGCUGGAGAAAUGAUAUCUGAGGCGAAACGAGAAUGUGCUGGGAUUCCGUCGGAAGAUAUCUACCACGAAUCUCCUACACUUGAGCAAGGUCAAAUUAGGACUCUUGUUGUUUUCCCUGCAGCAAAUGACAGCGACCCUCUGGUCUGCAGACUCAACAUCGAGUCGCUUGAAGAAACUUCCAGUCCUGUUUAUGCGGCGCUCUCAUAUUGUUGGGGUACGGAUUUGUAUUCGAGCUGGCUGUAUGCUCUUCCACCCGAUGUCCCAUUUGAUAGGCGAAUGCAAUGGCAGGACGACCGGUGGGAAGAUCUGAUACAGCAAUGUAAAGGAUUCAGGAUUGGAGAAAAUCUCAAGCGCGCUUUACUUCGUCUACGGAGGGAUGACGAGUCUAUAACUCUAUGGGUCGAUGCCAUCUGUAUCAAUCAGAAAAAUGAAGAGGAGAAAACACAACAGCUUCUUCAAAUGGCGAAGGUGUAUCGCAUGGCAAACUAUGUUUGUGUCUGGCUAGGGGAAGCUGACAGCGAUAAAAGAAGUAAUCGCGCAAUGAGGUUUAUCCCGAAAAUAAUGGACUUUGCAUUUCUGGAAAGAGCGGUAAACGAUGAGCGCCAUGCAGAGAAUUGGUAUGCGCUCGCUGAACUUAUGAGAGAUCGCUGGUUCUCUCGGCGCUGGGUUGUUCAAGAAAUCUCGCUCGCCAAAGAGGCAUCGGUCUACUGUGGUGAAAUGGCGGUUCCAUGGACGGAGUUCGCAGAUGCAGUGUCAAUCUUGGUUACGUAUCAAGAAAAGAUUAAAGGACUAUUCAAGGGCUGGAGGGAGGGAGUUCAAACACUUGGCGAAGUCCAGUCAUUUGGAGCCAACAAGCUGCUACAGGCCACUACCAGGCUUUUUCAGAGAGACGCCAAAGGUGUUGCUCGAAAACCCCUCAAAGGGAUCGAGUACUUGGUGACUUCUUUAAGCACAUUCGACGCUAGUAAACUGCGCGACAUCGUGUAUAGCUUAGUCUCGAUCGCCAGUGACACUUAUGACCCUGUUUCCUAUGACGCUGGACAAGAGGGCGACGACAACAAUAAAGCUUACAAGCUCGCCAUCGACUAUAAGUUGGACGAAGUUGAAGUCUAUAGAAACUUUGUCAAGUACUGCAUUCUUUCAUCUGGGUCGCUUGACAUCAUCUGCCGCCCAUGGGCAAUGCCCCGAACGGGGAAGGGUAGAUUGCCAUCCUGGAUCCGACUGCUACGGGACUCCGAGUUCGGGGAGCCGACGGAAGUCUACAAUGGCCGUAAGAAUGGAGAAGGCCUCCUGGGUCCGGUUGGCUCUCCGCUUUAUAAGGCUUCCAGGGGCAUAAGAUUCACAGAUACUUCAACAAAGACCGCCCCACCUCGAAAGAAACGUAAGACGGAAGCCGAUGCAUCCGACGCAAAAGUGGUUCGACAUAUGUCUUCCAUGCUCUCUGUCAAAGGCUUUAAAUUAGCUAAGGUGGAGGCCGUCUCGUUAGCGAAUGCGUCGGGGCUCAUCUCACGAAGCUCGCUGUUGGAUAUUGGUGGCUGGGCAGGUGUUAAUGAAAGCCCUGAAGAAGUGCCAGAUCAUAUCUGGCGUACGUUGAUAGCAGAUAGAGAUUCCGAGGGGCAGGUUCCACCUACAUGGUAUCAAAGAGCAUGCUUGCGGUGCUUGGAGAUUGCUGAUACAUUUUAUAAUGGGGACUUCAACAUCGACCAACUUUUACACGGACACUCGGACAUGGUCCGUGGAUAUCUCACACGUAUCCGAAACGUCACAUGGAAUCGGAGAUUCUUUAGGGCCUUAAUGAAAGCUCCACACACUGAUAGCGCUUAUAGCCCUUCAGGCCAAACGGAAAGAGACAACGAGGUAUCAGGCUCUGAAGAAGAACCUAGCUUUGAAGGAGGGAAACGACAGUGGACCGAGAAUGACUUAUUCGGUUUGUGCCCAGAAGCUACUACGCUGGGGGACUUCAUUUGCAUCCUAUAUGGGUGUAGUGUACCGGUCAUCCUCAGACAGUCCACAAGGGAUCCGAAAUGCUACAAAGUAAUCGGCGAAUGCUACGUCCAUGGGAAAAUGGAAGGCGAAGCAGUAGAAGACUGCAAGGAAGGGAAAACGCUAGGGACGGAUGAGGUUUUCGGGUUGAUAUAGACCUUGAUCCCAUGUUAUGGUUGUAGAUCAAAGACUCGGGAUUAGUCAGCAACCUACGUGGCAUGAUUGUGCUACAAGAGAUAUCAUAAAUAGGAAGGGUUAACAGCUACUCGGAAGCUGAUGAGUAGAUGAGGGGGUCCCGAAGUCAUGGUGGUGAUGCAGCGGAAGUCACAUGCAGAAAAUAAUGCUUAUCUGGC